CAAGUAUCUGUACGGAUACAGUAUCACUACAGAACUAUUGCAUUAUCCACGCGUGAGCAAACUGCGUGAAUCGUCAGCGACUGUUUCCCAGCCCUCGCCUGACGUCACGGCCGCAGAGAACGAGUUUCUGCGAGCUAGCCGCAGGUGGGACCGAUACAGAGCGCAGCUUCUCCGCUCAGACGCGUUCGCAUUGCCGCAACUCGGGCGGUACGUGCAGUGUGCGAUUUACACCGUGUACCGAGACAGACAGAGAGGACAACAUAAACCAUGGGCAAACUGCAGCAUUUCGAUAUCAGUUUUAACAACAACAAAGUGGUCUAUGGCCCCGGGGAGACGAUUUCAGGAACUGUGACGAUUUAUCUCAAUAACCCUUUGCCGUUUAAAGUCAUUAAAGUGAACUGCGGGGGAUUGUGUGGCGUCUCGAGCAAGAUGAACGACACCACGUGGACAGUGGAGGAACCCUACUUCAACAGCACACUGACACUAGCAGAUAAAGGCACUCUUCCUGCAGGGGAGCACACCUACACAUUCCAGUUUCUACUACCAGUCUCUGCCCCGACCUCGUUCGAAGGCUCGUUUGGGAAGAUCACGUACCGCAUGAGAGCGGUGAUUGACACGCCUCGCUUCGCAAAGGACUACAAGGUCCAGAAGCCCUUCUACCUGCUGAGCCUGCUCAACCUCAACGAGGUCCCCGAUAUCGAGCAGCCCAGCACAGCCACCACCACGAAGAAGUUCAGCUACCUGCUGGUGAAGACGGGCACGGUGACACUGACAGCGAGCAGCGACCUGCGAGGGUACGCCCCGGGACAGGUGAUCAAGCUCUCCAUGGAGCUGUACAACAAGUCAGGCAAGGACACGGGCAGCAUCAUCGCCAGCCUCAUCCAGAAAGUGACGUACAAGUCGAAGCGGGCGAUCUACGACCUGCGCACCAUCGCGGAGGUGGAGGGGGCAGGGGUGAAGGGUGGGAAGAACGCAGAGUGGAAGGAGCAGAUCAUCGUGCCCCCCCUGCCCCAGUCCGAUCUGAGGGGCUGCACCCUCAUUGAGAUCGACUACUUCAUCCAGGUUUCUUUGAAGUAUCCGGAGGUGCAGGUGACAUUACCCAUCUACAUCGGGAACAUCUCCAUCAACAGCCCCCCCAUCACCCCCUCCCGACCCCCCAGGCCUGCCCCCCAGGUCCCCCACAGCGUGACCCCCAGCGCCCCCCCUGUGGAGGACGACCUGGCCAGCGGGAUGGACAGCGAGGAGAUCCCCACCAAGAGCCACUCCCAGCAGCAAUCCUACGGAGACCAGCCCCUGCCCGCCUUCUCCCCCACAUCCUUCAGCUACGCCCCGGGCCUCGGCUUCCCCGAGCACUCUCAGUCGGACCCCAGCGGGACCUCCACCGGGCCCCUCUUCUGCGUCUCCACGGGGAACACCAUCCCGUAUUUCACCGAGGGAGCCGCGGCACCCGUCCCGACAGCCUGUCCCCUCAUCCUGCCUCCUGAGUACAGCACCUGGGGUCACCCCUACGAGUCUCCUCCGUCCUACGAAGACAGCUGCAGCAGCAGCACUGAUGGGAGAUAGAGCCGGAGAGGGAUCUGUCUGUCUGCUCCUGCACUGCACACAGUAACACAGCAGCCUGCCUGCCUCCCCAUCGAGGCAUUUUAUACAUUCUGUAUCUUUUUACUGUUCUUGGAAAAGGGAUCGCUGUUUCUCCCUGUCCUGCGAAUAAACAUUUUAUCAGAAGAGAGAGAGAGGAGAAACUAUUGUAAUAAUAAUAAUAAUGCUGAUGAUCUCUGUUUCUUGGAUGAUUCUACUUGGGCUCCAGUCCUUGGAUAGUUUUCAGUGCUGUAUACCUGGAUAAACCGUGUUCAGCACAAACCGGGACCCGAGAUUUUAUACUUCGAUUCCUUUCUAGUUGUAUUUGUUUGUUGAAUACUAGCAUCUGUGAUGCCUUAAACUGAAAUACUACUGACUCUCCGUCGCGUCUCCUUUUUUAUAUCGCUACCAAAGCUGGCCUUUUACAAACGCAAACGUGCUAAAACAAAAUUUAAAAUUCACUCCUAUAACCAAAAAAAGAAAACGGGGGGCGGGGGAGGCUGGAAAAACACAGAUGUCAAAUGAGAACUCCUGGGUCUGAGCUGCAGAAUAUUCAAACGACACGGAUUACAGAACACAACGAGCCUUAAACUACGGGAGGAAAGCAGACGUUCAGACGAGGGGGGCGACUGCAAACACAGCGGCUGUGUAAAAUGUGCUGCAGCACCAGGAAUGGGAAGGGAUAAACUGAAUCAGUGUACACUAAUAUCUAGCACUGACCCAUUCAUUAAUAGCACAGCACUGGUCUCGCACCUCCUGGGUACUGCAAGUAUGCACAAUACCAGAAUGGCAUACAGUAUAACAUCUCCACAGCCUGAGCUCGACGUCUUGUAUUCAAAAAGCAUUGGCCAUUCGUAAUACUGCAGAUAGCGCCCCCCUGCCUGCCUGCCUGCCUCAUGGAUGAAUUGAAAUACUGCACCGCCAUGGCAAGAGGUACCCGGACAAGGAGGUGACAGAGGGAAGAGAGAGGGGAGGGUUCUUUUGAAGUUGCUGCAGUUGGAAGCCGCAGCCCUUCCUCCCUGUCUGAAGUGAGCCUGCUUGUUAACAUCACUGAUGAACUUGUAGUGCCUGUGUGCUUUGCGUCGCAGCACGGAGCAGCGCUGAGCUGCUGUCCCAUCCUCCUCCUUGAGUAAUGGGGUUCAUUGGAAAUCCUGGAGCAGCGCUGAGCUGCUGUCCCAUCCUCCUCCUUGAGUAAUGGGGUUCAUUGGAAAUCCUGGAGCAGCGCUGAGCUGCUGUCCCAUCCUCCUCCUUGAGUAAUGGGGUUCAUUGGAAAUCCUGGAGCAGCGCUGAGCUGCUGUCCCAUCCUCCUCCUUGAGUAAUGGGGUUCAUUGGAAAUCCUGGAGCAGCGCUGAGCUGCUGUCCCAUCCUCCUCCUUGAGUAAUGGGGUUCAUUGGAAAUCCUGGAGCAGCGCUGAGCUGCUGUCCCAUCCUCCUCCUUGAGCUGCCCACACUAAUGCCUUACUUACUUAGGUGAUUGUGGUUCUUUUGUGUGUGUUUUUUAUUCUAUAAAAAGGGAAGCGAAAGGUCAAAUUGAUUUGUUCUAAAGGGUAUCGCAGCACAAGUGUCUCAAGGGACUGCAAGGUGUUUAUGGUGGAGAAGAGACGUUGACUACGAGACACACUGAUGCACUUUGGACGACUGUGUGUAAGGCAUUAGGGGUAAAAUGAAUAUGCAGAUAUUCUCAUAUUAAUAUUCAUGAAUCAGGCUAUGCGCACCGCACAGUCAAGGGUUAAAUCAGCUCCUGUGAUUUAAUGCAGUAUUUAAAGUGGCAUUAACUGCUCUGCAAUCCAAACUAUGCAACUGCACGGUACCUGCCGUUGUCUUUAGGCUUGUGUGCUUCUCAUUUCCAAAUUCGAUCAGAACUGUUCUGGCAGAUCCACCAUGCAAUCAUUAUUCUAUCAAUAAGAAGAUCUAUUGAUCCGAACUAGUUAAAGGUAUUGAGAAAUCUCUGUGUUCUGACGUUACUUGGCGAUAGGGGGCGGGGUCAGUGUUUUAUUUCUUGGCUUUAGAACAGAAGGAGAAUUCUGUAUUUGUGAGCCUGUAUUUGACUGGGAAUUCACUCUGUUGUCUUGCAUAGAACACUGAGAGUGACGGGGGAAAAUUCCAAAGUGGAGGUGCAGAGAGAGAGAGAGAGAGAGAGAGAGGUGAUAUUAAGAUUGUAUUUGUCAUUAAUAGCUGAAAGUGGGCUCAAUGAAAUGAUUUAAUCUGUGUGAGCAGUCUCUAUUCUAGACCUGGCUUAACCUGUGGACUGCUCAGAAACUGUGUAGAGCAGUCCAAGCAGUGCAGAAGCAGCAGGCAUCAGUCCUCGCAGUGUGCUGUAUUCGGUCAGUCUGCUUUCACUUGAAACCAGGGAAUUUUAAAUUUAACUGCAUUUUUUAAAAAAAACACAUACUUCAGUUAAUUUACAUAUAAAAUGCAUCAGGGUCUAGGUGCAGGGAGAAAACAUGUCUGUAGCGAUGCUGGUCCGCUAGAGUAGUGACCAGUGAAACUAACAAGGCUGCAUAAGCUGCUGGGUCCACACAAGCACCCUGCUUUCUCUGGUUAAAAUGAAGAACCUGCAAUCUUGAAUACCUCGUUAGUUUGUGGGUCCAACGGGGGGUACCCUGAUUAUUUCUUAAAGGCAUAUUUCAGACAUUUAUAAGAGCAACUACCUAUCCGACAGCUUCACUGAAUAACUGAAUGCAUGAGAGGGAGAGAGUGUGUGUGUGUGUGUGUGUGUGUGUCUCACUCUGUGUGUGUGUGUGUGUACCAAAUAUGAAAAAUUAUUAUAUAAAUCUUAAACUAUCCAAAUGAAAGAAUGAAGGCUUUUUUUUUUUUCUUUGGUGAACUUGUCUUUUUGUAAUCUAUCCGUAAGGGACAGUAAAUCAUAUAAAACUGGAAGCAAUGUCUAAAUAAAACUGCUACACACGGACCUGUUUUUAAUAUUAUUUUCAGUUGUCUAUUUAUAGCGUUUUUGUCUUUUUUUUGCACAAAAAAGGUUCUACAGCUUUAUUAACUACUGUUUUGUUUUUCUACUAUUUUUUACAAUGUUUCUACUCCAGAUUAUUCUUAUUUUAUUUGUAUUUUAUUUUUGGACAGUUUGCCAUGUACAUGUGUGACUGCAAUCAAUCUGUUUUCUGUAUUUAACCACUGAUUUCAAAAUAGCACCUUAGAGUUUUAAUUUUACAUAUUUUAAAGUGUUACAUAAUCAUUAUUGUAAUAGGUACUAAUAAAAAAUAAAUUCUCA